GCGGCGGGCAGCCGCGGGCCCCGGCUCCAGCGGCGCAGGUGCCGGCGCAGGUGCUGGUGCAGCAGGUGGCGGCGCGGUUCGCCGAGGGCCCGCCGGCCGCCGCAGGCCGCGACCAGCUGACGGGCAGCGGGCGGGCCAGCCCCCGCUGCUGGCACCCGGCGGCGCGGGCGGCGGCGGAACGGCCCCCAGGGCGCAUCGUCGGCCCCGCCACGGCCCUGGAGGCCCUGGUCAUCCGCAGGCACUUCGCGGAGGCGACCGCCGCCGUGCAGGCGAGCAGCACGCCGCCAGCGCAGGGGACCUCGCAGGCGGCGGCGCCGCGGCGGAUGUCUCAGGCGGUCCUGAAGGCCACCUACACCCAGGCCGCGGCGCGGCGGCUCGAGGACGCGCGGGAGCCCGCGGAGGCCGCGGAGGCAGGCCCGCAGGCGGCCGAGGCCGCCCCGCGCUCGCCGUCGCAGCGGCGGCUCCUGGACGCCGACGCGGCGACGCCGUGGCGGGCGGAGGCGUGGUCGGAGGCGGCCUUCACGGCGGGGGGGACGCGGACGCCGUCGGAAGCAGGCACGCUGGCGGGCGCCCUGCCACAGGCGCUGGCGAGCCGGAGGUGGCGCGCGGGGUACUCCGCAGGCCCCUGCGGCUCGGAGGCGGGCCCGGCCCUCACUCCGGAGAUGUCGGUGUACGACGCGUCGGAGCGCGGGAGGAUGGCGAGCCACGGCGCGGCGUCCACGGCCAGCGAUCGCCACCGGGUAGCGCAGGAGUUCCAGCUGGCGGCCGCGCUGGAGGAGCUGCAGCACGUGCAGGCGCAGCUGACGGAGCGGCAGGCGCGAGAUCCCGAGCGGCAAACACGCGGAGCCGCGAGGCGCGCGCUCACCGAGUCCAAGGCGUCGAAGGAGAUCAUGCGAUUUCCGGGCUUCAAGGGGAGCAACCGGGAGACGUUGCUCAAGUUGGAGCACGACGCGCUGCUCAUCAAGAAAUUGUCUGAUGUCGGGUCCAUGCUGGACGCCUGGCUGGUGCACUGCUGCUUCCGCUCCUGGGUCGUGCAGUCGCCGCAGCUUCAGGCGAAGCUCGUGGACAAGCUGGUGGUGGAGCUGUCGGGCGCAGAUGCCGGAUCCGACGCGUACGCGAGGGCCGCGUUCGAGCUGCGGGGAAGGACGCGCUCGCUGCAGACCAACGAGGGCCUGGGCCUGGGCGGGCAGCUCGACCUAGACGUCGACAUCGACCCUCUGACCGGGCACAUCACCCUUGCCAAGGGGGACCAGGAUUCCGUCAGCGGCACGACCUUCUGCCCCUCGCGAUUGAAGGAACUGGAGUCGGCCAGCACGCCCGCCUACUCCUCCGUGACGCCGUUCCACGCCUCGACGGAGUCGUUCGCCGCGGCCCGCAGCAUCUCAAAGCUCAGCGACGGCACGGCGGAGGGCACCGCCAGUGCUGCCGAAGGCGCCGCCGUCGUUUUGGAGAAGGCGCAGGUGCACAAGAUCGAGCAGGUCCCUGAGUUCAACGAGGCCGCGCCGCCGCAGCAGUCGAUGCAGGCGCAGUCGAUGCAGAUGCAGUCGAUGCAGAUGCAGUCGGCGCAGCAGCACCACCAGUCGGCGCAGGGGUCCGGCGACAAGGAGAAGGAGCUGCAGGCGCAGUUGGACCGGGUGCUCCGCGACCUGAAUAAGGCGCAGGGCGACCUGGAUAAGCUGCAGAGUGACCUCGAGGCGGAGCGGAAGAAGAAGGCGGCCUGUUGCGUCGUCCAGUGAGUGAUGCCGCAGCGUGCCCUGGGCCGCGCCCAUCCCAAGCUGGAUGAAGCUUCCUGUUCCAGUCGAAGCGGGCGGCCCUUGAAGGCUUUAGGUUUUAGGACAUGCCGUGCGCAAUGCGGUUUUGCGCAUGCGCCCAAUGGCACGUGCGUGCAGGCGUCAUAUUUGGGUGUGUUCUCAGCUUUCGUCGUCUGAGGGGAACGCCCAGACUUCGGAAUACCUGAACGCAUGAUCAGAGGUUCUGGCUGGCCUCUGUCAAGCUGGUGCCGCUCGCGUUGUGGUUGUCCCCGCGCUACGCCUUCGACGUGGGAUUGUGCUAUGUGUCGAACAGCUCUUCGCUGUCCUGCCCGCUGGGCCAACCAUCUUGGACUGCAUGCUUAACAAUAAAUCGCCUGAGAGAUCCGUGAGCUGGGGGCUUAGAGCCCUUAACAGCGCAUUCCAACACUCGACGGCACAAAGAGCUCGAAGGGACCAGAGGACACCCCGCUCAGUGCCCACGGCACGGUGGGGAAUUGGCGUUGAUCAUGUCAUUCUCUCUGCUUGUCGUCUCUGCAACGUUCGCUGUGCAUCCCUUCUUGUUUAUUUUCCGAACACAUUGCACUUUUUCCCUAGACACGCACCCCCAUGGCACCCCGGGCAAGACGCCGUGGGGUGUUUCAUUGAGGUUUAGUGCGGGUCUCGGGCUUCGCCAUGGCUGAUGAAAGGUUGAGCUCUCUUCGAGAUCGUCUUGAUCAAUAGAUGUGUAUCUCCCUCGAUCGUCC